AUGGAGGGCAAUCUUCAAAGUAUCGUUCAAGCUGCCGUCGAAGCUGCAAUGGCUCAGCAAAACCAAGUUAUCCAACAACUCCAGGCCAAAAAUCAAAGGCUUUCUCAACUGACACAAGGAGUUAGCAACCUGAAUGUUACAAGCGGCAGCAAGAAAACACGGAAUCAACUUUCUGCUAGCGGUACUCCCCAAAAGGCCAACACCGACAGAAAAGGAAAAACUCCUGUCAAAACGCUUCCCACCCCCCGACCAGCCAACCUUGGCCAAUCCGGCGCAACAGCAAAAACACCUAUGUUCCAGAAAGCUUCCUGA